UCCUGAAAAAAGUAUGAAAUUUGAAAGUAAUUUGCAAAAAUUCAAAAUUAAAAAAAAAAUCCAAAGGAUAUAAAAACAUCAAACAUAGCCAACCCUAGACUAAACUAAAACCUAAUUCUAGCCCCUCUGGAACUCUCCGCCUCAACAAAUAUAAUUUGCCAGUGCCUCCUCACUUUGAGUCUCUACUUGUUUUGCAAUUGUUAGCCACAAUAGUAACAAACAUAUUACUGCCAGUUCCCUUUCUAUUCGCCAAGAAGCUGCCAUGGCCAUGGAUAGUGGCGCUGAUGGGCAGUCUCACAAGGCUCACCGCUCUCGCCACUCGGGUGCCUCUGCAAAAAAGAAAACCAAAGCCAAAAACAAGGAUCAAAACUCCGACCAGAAGCAGCAAAAUCCUAAGGCAUUUGCUUUUCGUUCCAAUGCAAAAGCGAAGCGUUUGCAAUCGCGUGCUGUUGAAAAAGAACAACGAAGGCUUCAUCUUCCUGUUAUCGAUCGCUCUUAUGGUGAGCUGCCUCCAUUUGUGGUCGUGGUGCAGGGGCCCCCUCAGGUUGGAAAGUCUCUUUUAAUCAAGACUCUCGUAAAGCAUUACACAAAGCAUAAUCUACCUGAUGUUCGAGGACCAAUAACCAUAGUAUCAGGCAAGCAGCGGCGCUUGCAGUUUGUUGAGUGUCCAAAUGAUAUCAAUGGUAUGAUUGAUGCUGCAAAGUUUGCUGAUCUAGCAUUGCUUCUAAUUGAUGGAAGUUACGGCUUUGAAAUGGAAACAUUUGAAUUCCUUAACAUAUUGCAAGUUCAUGGUUUUCCAAAGGUGAUGGGAGUUCUUACUCACCUUGAUAAGUUUAAGGACGUAAAGAAACUAAAGAAAACAAAACAGCGUCUCAAACACCGUUUCUGGACAGAAAUAUAUGAUGGAGCUAAAUUGUUUUAUUUAUCUGGUCUCAUUCACGGGACGUAUCCCAAGCGAGAAGUUCACAAUCUUGCAAGAUUUAUAUCUGUUAUGAAGUUCCCUCCUUUAUCGUGGAGGACUUCUCAUCCGUAUCUCUUGGUUGACCGUUUUGAAGAUGUUACUCCCCCUGAGAGAGUGCAAAUGAACAGUAAAUGUGAUAGGAAUGUUACGCUUUACGGUUAUCUGCGAGGUUGUAAUUUGAAAAAGGGAACUAAGGUCCAUAUUGCCGGUGUUGGAGACUUUAGCUUGGCUGGUGUUACAGGCCUAUCUGAUCCUUGCCCUUUACCAUCAGCUGCAAAAAAGAAGGGACUCCGUGACAAAGAAAAACUUUUUUAUGCCCCCAUGUCUGGACUUGGGGAUCUCUUGUAUGACAAAGAUGCAGUCUACAUAAACAUUAAUGACCACUUUGUUCAGUAUUCUAAAGUUGAUGAAAUGGGGGGAACAACAAAUAAAGAAAAUAAACGAGAUGUUGGUGAGGACCUUGUGAAAUCACUUCGGGCUGUAAAGAGCCCAAUUGAUGAGAAGUUGGAAAAAACUAAAAUUUCCCUUUUUAGUCACAAUGGUAGGAAAAGGAGAAAAGCAAUCUUUGGAGACGGUGUUGAUCAUAGUAACCUCAAGAGUACAGAUGAAGAGAAUGAAGGUGAUGAAGAUGAUGACAGUGACAACGACAACGAUGAAGGUGAAAAUGACAGAAGCAAUGAAGAUAACGAGUCAUGUUCAGGUUCAGAGUUUUCCGACGGUGACGAAGAGGAUCUGAAGUCUGAGGAAGAUGACAGAAGCAACGAAGAUAACGAGUCAUGUUCAGGUUCAGAGUUUUCUGAUGGUGACGAGGAGGAUCUGAAGUCUGAGGAAGAUGGCAUGGGAAACAUAUCAAAGUGGAGAGCAUCACUGGUGGAAAGGGCCUCUAAAAAACAGAAUAUAAACCUGAUGCAGCUUGUAUAUGGGAAAUCUGCAUCAACAUCAAACACUUCCGCUAAUGAAGUGAAGGAUGACAGUGAGAAUGAAGAGAGUGAUGAAGAUGAAUUUUUUAAGCCCAAAGGGCAAAGGGCAAAGAAUUCGAUUGAAGGAUUAGGUUGUGGGAACAUCAACACUGAGGACUGUUCGAAAUCCACUAAAAUUUCAGAACUUAAGAACUGGAAAGAAGAAGAAGUAUAUGAGAGUAUUCGUGAUCGAUUUGUCACUGGUGAUUGGUCUAAAGGUGCCCUCAGAAAUCAAAUGUCAGAAGCUAAAACUGAAGAAGAUGAUAUUGAUGGUGACUUUGAAGAUUUAGAAACUGGCGAGAAGUAUGAGAGUCAUCAGAAAGAUGAUUCUAGUAAUGGUGGAAUCCAAAAGGAAGAUGAUGAUGCAAUUGAGGAGCGGAGGUUAAAAAAGCUAGCUCUCCGCGCAAAAUUUGAUGCUCAUUAUGAGGGAUCCGAAUCACCGGAAGAAGAAACUGAUGUACAAAAUGGGGGAAAGUUUCACCGCAGUCAAGCGAAUGACAGUGGGUAUUAUGACAAGUUGAAAGAAGAGAUUGAACUCCAGAAACAAAUUAAUAUAGCAGAACUCGACGAUCUCGAUGAGACUACCCGAUUGGAAAUUGAGGGAUUCCGAACAGGAAUGUAUCUAAGGCUAGAAGUUCACGAUGUUCCUUUUGAGAUGAUAGAGUAUUUUGAUCCCUGUCAUCCCAUUUUGGUUGGAGGAAUUGGUCUCGGUGAGGAAAAUGUUGGAUACAUGCAGACGAGGCUAAAACGACACAGAUGGCACAAGAAAGUGCUGAAGACUAGAGAUCCAAUAAUUGUUUCAAUUGGAUGGAGGCGUUACCAGACCACCCCUGUUUAUGCCAUUGAGGACCAAAAUGGAAGACAUCGCAUGCUCAAGUAUACUCCAGAACAUAUGCAUUGCCUUGCUAUGUUUUGGGGCCCUCUUGCUCCACCCAAGACUGGAGUGCUUGCUGUUCAGAAUUUAUCUAACAAUCAGGCGGCAUUUCGCAUCAUAGCAACAGCAUACGUACUUGAGUUCAACCAUGCAGCACGGAUAGUGAAAAAAAUCAAGCUAGUUGGAUACCCCUGUAAAAUAUUCAAGAAAACAGCCCUCAUCAAGGAUAUGUUUACUUCAGAUCUCGAAGUGGCUCGGUUUGAGGGUGCAGCAAUUCGAACUGUGAGUGGGAUCCGUGGGCAGGUGAAAAAGGCAGCAAAGGAAGAGAUUGGUAAUCAACCCAAAAAGAAGGGAGGGCAAGCGAGGGAAGGAAUUGCAAGGUGCACCUUCGAGGAUCGAAUUUUGAUGAGUGACAUUGUCUUUUUGCGUGCAUGGACUCAAGUUGAAGUUCCUCAGUUCUAUAAUGCAUUAACUACUUCGUUGCAACCUCGUCAGAAGACCUGGCAAGGAAUGAAAACUGUCGCAGAAUUGAGGAGAGAACACAAUCUUUCUAUUCCUGUUAACAAGGAUUCCCUCUACAAGCCAAUUGAGAGAAAGCCAAGGAAAUUCAAUCCCCUUGUGAUCCCUAAGGCGUUACAAGCAGAUCUCCCGUUUGAAUCGAAGCCCAAGAAUAUACCACACAGGAAACGGCCACUUCUUGAAGAUAGAAGAGCUGUUGUCAUGGAGCCUCAUGAACGGAAAGUUCACGCUCUUGUUCAACACCUUCAGUUGAUUAGAAAUGACAAGAUGAAGAAGCGGAAGAUCAAGGAGGAGGAAAAACGGAAAGAAGUAGAGGCACAGAGAGCAAAGGAUGAACAGGUGUUAAGAAAGCGUCGGAGAGAAGAAAGGCAAGAGAGAUACCGGGAGCAGGACAAACUAAAGAAAAAGAUUCGCAGACAUGUGGAAGCCUGAUGGUAAUUAUGCACGUGUGCAUGCAUGUAAUUUACAGUCAUAAGUGAUAAAUUUUUGUACGUUAUGUAGAUAUGCACCCCAAAUUUUGUUCUAAAAUUUGUCUUAGCUCUUUCCAAUUUACAGUAAUUUCUUAUUGAUUAAUUAACAUUUCAAAGCUCCUUUUUGUUUUUCUUUGGAAAACAAAUGGGGGUGGAGUCUGAA